AUGGUGAUCUACGAAAAGUGUCUCAUCGAGAGAGGCAAUAAAUCGCUCAAUACCAUAACAUUACAGCAGAAAUUACUACAACCACUUAGGAGUGUAUAUGUAAAUCUCUCCAUAGUACAGCUUUCGAAGAGUCUCAAUCGGGUGCUUUAUACCUUCGACAAUGUAGACGUUUGCAAUUUCCUAGUUAAACGCAGAAAUCCCGUUAUAAGACUAUUGUUCGAAUAUAUGAAACAAUUUAGCAAUGUGAAUCACAGCUGUCCAUUCCAAGACUACAUUUUGCUGCGAAAUUUAGUUAUUAAAAAUACAGAUCUAAGUCGCGUGCCAAUACCAAAGGGGGAGUACAGCGUAAUGACUUCUUGGAAACUAAACAGUAUUGGUGUGGUGGAGGUAAAUGGUUUUGGAGUUUAUGAGUAG